AUGGAAAACGUCGACGCCACAGAAAAAAAGCCAGAGUGCCCGAAUUGCGGCUGGGCAGAUCCACCAUCUAGUCUCUAUAAAAGUCGAAUCAAACUUUUCUACGAAGUCAGCAACCGCGGUUUAUGGCAUAUUGGAUCGGACAUGAUCCUUAAAGAAGAUCCAUUCGAUAAGUGGAAUACUUCGGAAGUGGCCAACAUCCAAUUCAUUAAAGAGAAUACCAAAAUUCCCAUUCCGGCAGUUGUGAAGGAAUGGGUCCAGAGCGAUAACCAACACUAUCUUCUUAUGGAGCGCGCACCAGGAGAGACGCUUGAAAAGCUAUAUCCAACGCUAUCCCUCUCUGACAAAGAGCGGAUCGCAGACCAGGUGGCUGAGAUAGUGCACCAGCUCAGACCAUUGCAGUCUCCCCAAAUUGGCGGCCUUGGAGGCACGCCGCUACAUAAUGGCUGGAUCUUCAUGAAUAACAUGGAACCUGCUGGGCCGUUUUCGUCAGAUGAUGAGCUUUGGGAUUACAUGAAAGUUCGCUUAGCCAAACUCCCAGAGAAAGCAGUGGCGAAUCUUCGAAAGCGCAUGCCAAGCUGCAAACCAUAUACCUGGACUCAUGGUCACUUGGAACCAGGCAAUAUUGUGAUCAAGGAUGGAAAUGUAUCUGCAAUCCUCGAUUGGGAAUUUUGUGGGUAUUUUCCAGUUUGGUGGGAAUAUGUGACAUCUGGAACAGGGAGCCCAGUUGAUGUGGAAUGGCUGGGGCUGUGCAGAGAUAAGAUCAGGGAUGCUUAUCCGGAAGCCAUGAUGUUUUUCAGAGAUCUUGACAAUUUGCGUUUCUACCCGCAUCUUGAUAAACAGGGCAAAAAGACACUUAAGAGACUGAUGGAAGACAGCGAAUAA